AUUUCUCAACCAAAAAAAAAAAAAAUUUGACGCUUCGUCAUACCGGCCGGCGGCCACCACCGCCUCACUUCUACCGAACUAUAGGAGCGCUCCACGUUGCAUGGAGGCGGCCGUGGCACCGCCGCUGAGCGGGACCCACCCGCCGCCACGUGGGGCAUUCGGUCCCGAAUUCCCCGUUCCCCCGAAAUCUAAUGUCUCCCCUACCUUUUCCUUCUCCCGCCUUUAUCUCAACCAUUUCCCCCUCAUUUCUUUUCCGGCACCCUUCUUCCCCCUUCCGUUUUCUCCAUCAUCUGAAAAUUUUGGGGAAAAAUCGCAAGAAGAGAGGAAUCAUGGACGCCAAUUUCGUGCUGGUCAGGCAAAUUCCGCCGGGGAUUCGGCUUCUCCGAGCAGCCAGAGGCCGGGAUUGGACCCUGAAAACCUACCGGUACGUGAUCCUGCUGGUUACCUUCAUCGCAUACGCCUGCUACCACGCUUCCCGAAAACCUAGCAGCAUCGUCAAGAGCGUCCUCGACCCCGACCCUCUGAACCAACCGCUCUCAGGUAACGACCCUUACCCUUGGCCGAUUGGGAAUGUGUUCAUCAAGGAGGAGGAAGGGCAAAAUUCGUCAAUUGAAGGUAGCAGUAGAGGUUGGGCGCCGUUCAACGGCAAGGACGGGACGUCGAAAUUGGGGGAAAUCGACGUAGCAUUCCUGUCCUGCUACUCGCUAGGGAUGUAUGUGGCGGGGCAUUUGGGGGAUAAAUUGGAUUUGAGGCUGUUCUUGACCUCUGGCAUGGUGGGCAGCGGGAUAUUCGUCGCGCUGUUUGGGAUGGGUUACAUUUGGAAUGUUCAUGUGUUCUGGUUCUACCUGGCGAUGCAAAUGGUCGCCGGGCUGUUCCAGGCCACGGGCUGGCCGUCUGUUGUGGCGGUGAUAGGGAACUGGUUUGGGAAGAGGAAGAGAGGGUUGAUAAUGGGGAUCUGGAACGCGCACACCUCCGUUGGGAACAUCAGCGGCUCGCUUCUUGCGGCUGCGGUGUUGAGCUGUGGAUGGGGGUGGUCGUUCAUUGUCCCGGGAGCGUUUAUUGUGCUUGGAGGGGUGCUGGUUUUCCUGUUCUUGGCUCCGUAUCCGGAGGAUAUAGGGUUUACUACUGCACAGUUGAUGGCUACGGAUGAUAAUGGUCAGGAUGUGGAGGGUCAGAAUCGCGGUGAGGCUGCUGGGAAUGAUGGAGGUGGCCCUGUUCCUGGACCGUGUGGAUCGGGGCUUAGGACGAGCGUUGGCCUCGUAGAAGCUUGUUUGAUUCCCGGAGUUAUACCGUUUGCAUUGUGCUUGUUCUUCUCGAAGCUCGUGGCCUACACGUUCUUGUAUUGGUUGCCUUUCUACUUGAGCCAGACAGCAAUUGGUGGCCACUUCAUGUCCGUGAAGUCUGCUGGCAACCUCUCUACCCUGUUCGACGUAGGAGGCAUCGUGGGCGGUAUUCUUGCCGGUUACAUAUCAGACAGACUCAAAGCUCGAGCCAUCACAGCAGCCAGUUUCAUGUACGUGGCGAUCCCAGCCAUGCUCUUAUACCGCUGGUACGGGAGUGUCUCCCAGUCCCUGAACAUCAUACUGAUGAUGAUUGCUGGCUUGUUCGUGAAUGGACCCUACGCACUGAUCACAACAGCAGUGUCUGCGGACCUUGGCACCCACAGCUCUCUCAGAGGUGAUUCUCGGGCACUUGCGACUGUCACUGCAAUAAUUGAUGGCACUGGAUCGAUCGGUGCAGCCCUUGGUCCCCUUCUCACCGGGUUUCUAUCGACGAGAGGAUGGAACUUGGUGUUUGUGAUGCUGAUGCUCUGUGCCCUUGUCGCUGGCCUUCUUUUGACGCGUCUAGUAAUUGCCGAGAUUGCUGAAAAGGCUGAUCGGCCAAUACCUGGUGGUAAGCAGGGACAUGAAGCUCCAGCAUCAGAGCCACUUCUAGGCAAUCUAAAGUGAAAAUUUUCCGGUAUAUAAGUUCGCAAUAUCUUCUCUACAAGAACAAAGAACAGACGUUAGACUCUCAAUUUUUUGGAUAGCUGAAACAUUGCAGCCUGUAAGAAGGAUUCAGAGGAGACAUGCAAAUGCAACAGCCAUAUAGUUUUGUAUAGUCUCAUUGCAAUAUAUUAUUUUUGUUUCCUGUGUGAAAUGUAGUGUACAAAUUGGACAAUACAGAGUUAGUAGUAUGUAUAUAGGAAUCAUCAUGAGUGUUUUACUACGAGAUGACAAUUUUGAUCUGAUCUGACCCGAGGCACUGGAAGGAACGGGGUGUAUUGCCAACUCCGAGAGUAAGACUUCUGAGUUCUGACAGAGAUCAAUGUUCAAUACAAAUCAAAGUCAUAAAUUUUGUUGUUUUCUUUUUCGGAGUGAUGUGUAAUGCAAUUAUCUUGGAUGUACUUUUUUUUUAGUAUUUUUACUUUCCCUUGAGAAUGGUUCACUAUUUGCAGGACAGUGAACCAGUCAUUAAACCAGUAAUAUGCUUCUACUUUUGAAUAUCAGAACAAAGCAAAUAUGUUCUUCAUGGUGCAUUAUUUGCUCUUUUGUGGGU